UCUCACAGUUUAUGUGGUUGGGUGGGUGCGACGCUCGCGGGUGGGCGCGGACAGUAGGUGCGUAAUUAAGUGGUGUGGGGUACAGGUCCAAGCGGUAGGUGUGGUAGUGUGGGGGAGGGUUGAUGGUCGGAAAUCCCCGACCAAUGAACAGCAGAAAAGCAAGCUUUUCGAAGCCAGGUUCUGGGCAAAGGCCUUCGUUUUGAGUGUGUGCGGUGAGAAGUGCGAAAAACGCUUCGGCGAUGGCUUUAAAAACGGUUUGGUCAUGAGAAGCUGAGGCCGUGAGUUAAGAGGUCAGCUUUGACGCGGUAAUUACUGUGAUACUGUUGUAAAAGCGGCAAGAAGCUGCCCGUCUUCGAAGCAUCUUCGCGGGUGUCGCCUGUCCGGCAUUCAUUGGAAGUCAAGCCUGCCGGCCUCAGCAUGUCGUCGACGCGCUCGCUGCUGCUGGCGUCCGCCCUGCUGCUGGCCUCGCUCCGUACGGCGUUGGCACUGCAGAGUCCGCCGCUCAUCACCAAGCAGCCGCCGCCCACCGAGCAGCUGUUCCAGGUGGCGGAGCGCAAGGACGAGAACGACCGGCCCUUCAUCAUUGAGUGCGAGGCCAAGGGAGAGCCCAUUCCCAAAUACUUCUGGUUCAAGAACGGCAAGCCGUUCCAGUGGGCGGUGUACGACACUCGCAUCUCCCAGCAGCCGGACCGUGGCACCCUGGUCAUCACGUCACCGAAGGCGGAGGAUAUUGGCUCGUACCAAUGUCAGGCGACCAACACACACGGCACGGCCACCUCCAACUCGGUGUUCGUGCGCAAGUCCGACCUGAACUCGUUCAAGGACCAGCCGCCCAUCACCAUGACGGCCAACGAGGGCGAGCCGCUGGAGCUCAAGUGCAACCCGCCGGAGGGCUACCCCAACCCCACCGUCCACUGGAUGAUACAGGGCGACGGUGGCUCCCUCUCCAGCAUCAACUCAACCCGCCAGACGGUCGGCCCCUUCGGUAACCUCUACUUCAGCAACGUCACCCUGGAAGACGCCAGCAACGGCUUUGUGUACGCCUGCUCGGCCACCUCCCCUUUCCGGAAUGAAUACAAGGUCGGCAACCGAGUGGAGCUGUCGGUGAUCCGCACGGGCAGCGUCAGCUCCAAGAACAAGCGGGAGCCGAUGAAGCAGUACCAGUCGCCCAAGAACAUCGUAGCUCUGCGCGGCAGCAAAGUGGAGAUCUGGUGCAUUUACAGCGGCACGCCGCUACCAACCACCCAGUGGCAGCGAUCCAACGGCGUGCUCGAUCUCAGCGAUGGUCGCGUCAAGUUGAGCAACUUCGGCAAGUCCCUGUUGAUCACGGAGGCCCUGUUUGAAGAUGAGGGAGAGUACGAGUGCACUUCGAGCAACGGCGUCGGCACGGCGAAGACGAGUUCGUUUAACCUCAAACUCGAGUCCGUGCCGUACUUCACCAAGGAGCCAGAGGUGCGCAACGCGGCCGAGGGCGAGACGGUCGUGUUCGAGUGCGCCGCCGACGCCGUGCCCAAGCCCGAUCUCUACUGGAUCUACAACGGCAUGCCGCUGGACAAGGCGCCUCCCAACCCGCGCCGCACCGUCACGCCGAACAAGAUCACCAUCACCAACCUGCAGAAGUCGGACACGGCCAACUACGGCUGCAACGCCACCAACAACAACGGCUACGUGUACAAGGACGUGUACGUGAACGUGCUGGAGCUGCCGCCGGAGAUCCAGGAGAAGCCGCAGGACGUGGCGGCAGUGGUCGGCACGGACGUCAAGAUGGUCUGCAAGGUGUUCGGCGCGCCGCACCCGGAGGUCAAGUGGCUGAGCGUCGGCGACAACAGGCAGGAGCUGACCGGCGGGCGCUACCAGAUCGGCGACGACGGCACCAUGACCAUCAAGAGCGUGACUUUCCCCGACGCCGGAACUUACAUGUGCCUGGCCACCAGCAAGCUGGGCGAGGACUCAGCCAACGGCACCCUGGUCGUGAAAGAGCGGACGCGCAUCACGCAGGGCCCCGAGGACUACCAAGUGGUGGCCGGCAACUCUGCCACCUUCCGCUGCACGGCCGCCGUCGACUCGACGCUUGACGUCAGUAUUGGCUGGCUGGCCGACGGCGUGCCCAUCAACUUCGACAUCGAGCCCAGGUUCAUCCAGACGUCGGACAACUCGCUGACCAUCACCAAGACGACCGAGCUCGACUCCAAGGUGUACACGUGCGUGGCGUCCACCGAGCUGGACGAGGCGCGGGACGACGCCACGCUCAAGGUGGAGGACGUGCCUAACGCGCCGACGCUGAAGACCGUCGCUUGCAGGGAGCAGGUGGCCGAAGUGGGGUGGCAGCCGAACGGCGACAACCGCGCACCGAUCCUGGGCUUCACCAUCCAGUACAACACCAGCUUCGCGCCUGACACCUGGGAAGAGGCGGCCAACUCGCCAGCCUCGAGCAGCAGCUACACGGUCAGCAUCAGCCCCUGGGCCAACUACACGUUCCGCGUGAUCGCGAAGAACCGCGUGGGCCCGUCGCUGCCGUCCGGCCACUCGGAGGUGUGCACCACGCCCAAGGCGCUGCCCGAGAAGAAUCCCAAGAACGUGGAGGGCCGCGGCACGAAGCCGGACAACUUGGUCAUCCGCUGGACGCCAAUGUCGAAGAUCGACCACAACGCGCCCAAGUUCCGCUACCUCGUCCGCUGGAAGCGCAACGAGUCGAACGCCGAGUGGAACCAGAAGGUGAUCAUGGACUGGCGGCGCGGCCAUCUGGUGAUCCCCAACCAGCCCACCUACGUGCCGUACAAGAUCCGCGUGGACGCGCUGAACGAGCUGGGCGAGAGCGUGGUCGAGUCGGCCGAGGUGAUCGGCUACUCGGGCGAGGACGUGCCCACGGCGCCGCCUACCAACUUCCGGCUGGAGAAGAUCUACGACGGCAAGCGCGCGCUCUUCUCGUGGAGCCCCGUGGACAACUCGACCAUCCGCGGGGAGUUCCUCGGGUACAAGAUCCAAACCUGGACCGAGAAGGAGGGCACCGACAAGAAGCGCGAGAUGUCGUUCGGGCCAGACGUGACCCAGGGGCUCGUCACCAAGUUCAAGCCGCACGCGCGCAACAAGGUGCAGAUUCUGUCCUUCAACCGGAUGUACGAGGGACCGCCGAGUGAGGUGACCUUCGACACGCCGCAGGGCCCCGUGGUGUGA